CAGUCGAGUGGGAGGAAGCCAAGUUGGAAACACCGCGGAGCGAACGUCCCUCUCGUCGGAAACUCGAGUGUCCCGGUGGUCGGCGGCUCUGGACGCGGGCACACGGCGACGAACGCGGACCGGCGGUUGUAAUGAGCCACUGCGGCCUAAAGCCCACACCUACAGUCCGCCCCGCGAGGCGCGUGGAAGUUUAAACUUUGGCUCCAAACUUUCGGCGGUGCUCGUCCUCGGCGCGGAGCUCGUCAAGUCGUGCCUGUGCGGCUGGCCUGCGAACACCGCCGCGUCCGUCCCACAUGUUGCCGCCGCGUCCUUAGCUCGUGUCCGCGAAACAACCAGGUGAGCGGACCGUCCGGCCUCGGACCCCCCCCACCCCCUCCCCUCCCCCCGGGAACCUGCGCAGGUAACGGCGUUAGCUUGCCUGUUCGCGCACGGCGACGCGCGGACCCACUCCUCCGUCUCCGGUCGUUCCUACCACGGCUCCUCCCGUAACCGCCGGAGAGCAGCCACCGGGCGGCCGCGGAGCAGCAGGACGGGCAUGGAACUACCCGCGGAGGGCGCGACCCGGCGCGGGGAAGGCAGGAGGAACCCCGCGGCGCGUCGCUGGAGAACAACACCCGUGGAUGCGACGUGCGCCGUCGGCAUGAUCUUGCUCCAAGUUCUGUCCAUCCAGGCUGCCGCCAUCCAGUUCACCAAGGAGCCCAAGUCCCAGGAUGCUUUGCACGGCCGCAGUGCCAUGCUGCGCUGCGAGGUCAGCGAUCCGGCCGACAUCAGCUACGGCUGGCUUCACAAUGGCCAGCCUCUGGAGAGCAGCGAGAGGCGCUUCCAGGAGGGCAGCAACCUCAAGUUCACUGCGGUGGACCAGCAGCUGGACGCAGGGAACUUUGAGUGUGUCGCAGAAAACGCGGUCACGGGAGAGAUGCUCCACUCCACCAAUGCCUCCUUCAAUAUCAAGUGGUUGGAAAGUGGCGGUGUGACUCUGAAGGAGCCCACCUCAGAAGGAGAGAUCGAGAGCUCAGCGCCGGUCACGUUGCGCUGUCAUAUUGACGGACACCCACGGCCGACAUGCCAGUGGUUUAAGGACGGGGUGAAGCUGACGGAGAAGAGCCAUCAAAUCAACAACAAGGAGAGAACGCUCACCUUCAAGAGCGCCAGUCCGGACGACAACGGCCUGUACUACUGCUGCGCCAAGAAUGCAGCCGGGCACGUCUGCAGCAACAGCAACUUCACUCUUAACAUCAUAGAUAAGAGUUUUCCGCGCCCCGUGGUCACUCCCGAGGACCAAGUGGUGCUUAGGAACGAGGAGGCCAUGUUCCACUGCCAGUUCACUGCCGUGCCGGCCCCCACGUUGGAGUGGUACCACGAAAAUGAGCUGCUGGCGAACAAGUCUCGCGUGUUUCUUCUGUCCAACGGCACACUGCUGAUCACCCAGGUCAAGAACAGGAACACGGGGACCUACAAAUGUGUCGGCCGUGGCCUCAGAGGCUCCCAUGUUACUUUGGAGGCUUCCCUCCUCAUAGCUGAGAUAGACGACAUGUUGUCAAAGAUGUCCAAGGUUUUUGAGGCGGACACCCUGCAGAGGGUCGCCUGUCGGCCCCCACGUGGCAGACCGGAGCCCGAGGUGUGGUGGGAGAGAGGAGGUCAGCGGGUCCCCACAGAGGGCCGAGUGCACCAGGACGGCCUGGACCUGGUCUUCAGUCCCACAGAGGAGGGGGAUUCGGGCACCUACACCUGUGUGGCCCAGAACAAGGCGGGACGCAGGACACAGGAGGUCACCUUCACCGUGGCCACUAUCCCUGUGUGGGUGACCAGGCCUCAAGACAGCCACUUGGAGGAAGGUAAACCGGGGUACCUUCACUGUCACGCUCAGGCCAACCCUGAACCUGAGGUCACGUGGCUCCGCAACAACAUCAUUAUCACACCUGAGGACUCUCGUUUUAAGCUGUUCUCUAACGGAACCCUCAGGAUCAACAACGUGGAGGUGUAUGAUGGACAGAUGUACGGCUGCGAAGCCAAGACUGUAGGCGGCAGACUGUCUGGACAAGCUAGAGUCAAUGUGCUUGAGAAGCUUAAGUUCACCCCGACCCCCCAGCCCUCUCAGUGCCUGGAGCUGGAUAACCAGAUCACCAUCCAGUGCUCGGCUAAAGGCAGAGAGAGUCCCACCAUCCGCUGGACCAAAGCAGACGGAGGAGAGCUACCGCCUCGCGUGGAGCAGAGGAACGGCCAACUGCACUUCACCAAAGUCACCCGGAGUGACGCCGGCAACUACACCUGCAUCGCUUCCAACAGCCUCCAAGGGGAGAUCAGAGCCUUGGUGACCCUCACUGUGGCCGUGUACAUUCGCUUUAAGGUGGACCCAGAGAAUACAACAGUGUACCAGGGUCACACGGCCAUUCUGCACUGUCAGGCCACCGGCGACCCCGAGCCUCACAUCCACUGGAUGGUUAAAGACAAGACGCUGGACAUCAGUAAGAACAGGAGGAUCCAGAAGAUGCCCAAUGGCUCCUUGGUGAUCAGAGAUGUCACCACAGAUGACACGGGCAGAUAUACCUGUGUGGCCGGAAACAGCUGCAGCAUUAAAGACCGUGUGGCUCAGCUGUAUGUAGUGGACAAACCAGUGCAUUCCGACGGUGAAGAUUUGGACAAGGCUCCUUACAAAAUGAUCCAAACCAUCGGCCUGUCAGUGGGAGCGGCUGUGGCCUACAUCAUCGUGGUGCUGGGUCUCAUGUUCUACUGCAAAAAGAGACGCAACGCCAAACGACUGCACAAGGGCCAGGACGGAGAGGAGCCAGAGAUGGAAUGUCUCAAUGGAGGGACUGUCCAACAAAAUGGCAACCACACCACCACUGAGAUCCAGGAGGAGGUGGCGCUCACCAACAUGGGCACCAUGGCAACAACCGAGAAACGGCACAGUCACGUCAAUAACGACAAGCUCCACUUUCCUCGAGCAAACCUACAGACCAUCACUACUCUAGGUAAAGGGGAGUUUGGUGAGGUGCUGCUGUCCAAGGCCAAGGGUAUUGAGGAGAGCGAAGAGGAGACGGUGGUGCUUGUGAAGAGUCUGCAGACCAGAGACGAACAGCUCCAGCUGGACUUCCGCCGUGAAGCUGAAAUGUUCGCCAAACUCAGCCACCCCAACGUCGUCCGGCUGUUGGGCCUGUGCAGGGAGGCAGAACCCAGCUACAUGAUCUUAGAGUACUAUGAUCUGGGAGACCUGAAGCAGUUCCUGAGGAUUUCCAAAAGCAAAGAUGACAAGAUCAAAUCUCAGCCAAUCAGCACCAAGACCAAAGUUUCCAUCUGUGCCCAGUUGGCUCACGGGAUGGAGCAUCUGUCCAAUCACCGUUUCGUUCACAAAGACCUGGCCGCCCGAAACUGUUUGAUCAACAGUCAGCGGCGAGUGAAGGUGUCAUCGCUCAGCCUCAGCAAGGAUGUCUACAACAGUGAGUACUAUCACUACAGACAGGCCUGGAUCCCGCUGCGCUGGCUCCCGUCAGAGUCUGUGUUUGAGGACGACGUCUCCACCAAGUCAGACGUGUGGGCCUUCGGAGUGUUAAUGUGGGAAGUGUUCAGUCACGGGGAAAUGCCAUAUACCAAACUCAGCGAUGACGAAGUGCUGGAAGCUCUGCAGACAGGGAAGCUGAAGCUUCCUGUUCCAGACGGAUGUCCCUCCAAAAUAUACAAGCUGAUGGCGCGCUGCUGGGCGCUGAGCCUCAAAGAGCGCCCGUCCUUCACCGAUAUCGUCCAUGCCCUGGGAGAGCUGCCCUCUGACAGCAAAGUCUGAGAAGAGCGUGACCCCGCAUUGGAUGAGGGGGGAGCUUUUACCAACGCUCUUUCCCCCAAAAGAAAGACAGGAAUGCUGGAUAUUGGUGUCACACAUUUCAGGGAAGAGGGUUGUGGUGAAAACAAUUUUUAUAUACAUUUCAAAACAUGGGUGUGUGCACAAGACUUCUUUGAUAUAUCAGCGGAAAACGCACGCGCACUCGUGUGAAUGGCUUCUUGUGAGCAGUGCCAGGAGUUUACGUUUGCCUUAACCGCAGCAUCGAUGACCCUUCCCUCCGACCCCUGUCUGAGGCUCCACUGUGACCCCGCCUGCCCGCCUUCCCGCCUGCGGCCGCUCUGUCCCAGAGACACUUUGUUUCACGGAGCCUCACAACCUCAGUGCCUCUACCCCUCCACACACACUGACACUCACACACUCUCACCCAAACUUCCAAAUACAUUGUAGGGAUUUUAGUUGCAGUUCUUUCACCGGGUCUGAUCAAAUGGAAAUUAUUGGUUGGAAGUUUAAAAAAAACUGAAAUUUACGUUCACUGCUCUGUUAAGUCCUCAGUCUUUUCUCAUGAAUCUAGAAAGAAUAUUGUGGAGAAAAGUGGGAUAUAAUGUAACUUCAGUGGCCUACGCUUCCUGAAUAUUCUGUCAACCACGUAGGAGUGUGUUGAGGGAGACGGUUUCAGCCGGUCUGCUUGAACGUUAACUCCAGUCGGCUGCAUCCUGAGUCUACUGCCCUUAUCCCGGAGGACACUCUCCACCUGAGACCCAACACCAUCUCCCAGGGUAGUGUCUGUGCGAGCCGCCGAACUAUUCCCAUGCUAGAGUGUGCGUUCGAAGUGGAAGGGGGUUUGUAUGAAGGUUCGUUGUUGUGAGGACUCUUGUGGAAAAAGUCAUCCAUGUUAUGACAUCACUUCAGGAACAACAACAAAAAUCUGAUCAAGUUUAUAGCCAAGGAAUACAUCAGAUGGAGGAAACUGCGAGUGUGGUCUUUGUACGAGUGUGUUCUCUUCUUGUAUUAACUUUGAGGUGCUUAUUUCUCACUACCUGUGGGUAAAAAUACCCGUUAUACUACAUUGAUAUCAUCGCGUUGUCUCAGUUGCAGGGAUGCAGCCUCUCAUUGUGUGUAACCUGCGACGCAAUUUCUUCAAAGGUCCAAUCACAGUUUCCCUCCGGGUCCAGUUGUUGUUGUUUUUUGUGCAAUGCUGCAAAGUGGACCAUCACACCAGGCAAUGUGUACAUAAUGUAGAAGCCAUGCACUAACUUCACUUAAAGGAACAUCCCUCUUUAUCUCUCAUGUUGUGUAGAAGGACAUGCAGGUGCCUGUUUAUUUAUAAUGAAGGUCCUGUGUUUUUUGUUUUUUUAACUGUGUUUAUAAUAGAAAGGUACUUUCUCUGUAUGUGUUCAUGUUCAUGGUCCAUCUCAGUGUGAAUAUGCUCACACGAACUACAUAGGAGGUAAAAAAGAGUGACUGCCGGUCACCAGUACUCAUUUAAGUGCCUGGUAAAUGAAGGAUUAUCUUAACUGUUUCCCUCUCACUUUUUUUUUUUACAUUAUCUAAUCAAAUGCAAUGGCCUUUGUUUAUGAACUUGUUUUUUUAUACGUUGUUUUUAGUAUAAUGUUGUGUUUUUAUGAAUGCUAGGCACUCACACCUAGACCUUUCUUUUUUUAAUCUGCUUCAGCAAAUGUUCACAGUAAUCACAGAUUUAAACAAAAGUAUACAUGCUGCUGUCAAUAAAGGUUCACAGUGUUUUUA